AUGCUGCGAAGUGCACUCUUGGAGCUUGGUAAUCUCAUCCGAUAUGCUGAAAAACUAAAGACAGAUUUCUUGGAGGCUGGAUCGUCUUCUUCUGUCCCGCAAUUCCUUUCAGACGCAUCAUCAACUUCAACAAGACAUCCUUCAAAUUCAGUUUUAGUCCUUCUAUCUGUCAUGAGCAGUAAUGAGUUUUCUGAGGUGGAGGUUGAUGAUGAUGAAGAUGAAGAUGAAGGCUUCAUGAUAGGUGGUUCAGACUUCAGAGGAAAUUGUGGCCAAAGUAGUUGGAUUCUAAUAAUGAAAAUUCAGAAACUCUCCGUGCUGCAGGAAAUAGCCCUUGUAGUUGUUGAAUUUGAAUCCACUAAUGGAGCUUCCAAUGAAGCAAUUGUAUUAUUCAAUGGAAUGAGAGAGGUAGGUCCUAAUCCAAAUAAAGUCACAAUGAUUGAAGUAUUGUCUGCAUGUUCUACAAUAGGGGCCCUUGAUUUGGGGAAAUGGAUUGAGACACAUGCAUCAGAAAGAGGUUUACAGCACGAUGCCUAUGCUGCGAGUGAAUUAAUAGAUAUGUAUGCAAAAUGUGGGAGCUUGGAUGAUGCACUCAGGGUUUUUGAGAGUAUGCCUCUUAAAAAUGAGGUGUCAUGGAAUGCCUUGAUUUCUGCUCUUGCUUUCCGUGGGCAGGCCCUGGAAGCAUUAUCAUUAUUCAAACUCAUGUCAAAGGAUAAUGGCACUGUUCAGCCUAAUGACACCAAUUUCAUAGGAGUACUUUCUGCAUGUGUGCAUGCCGGAUUAGUUGAUGAGGGCCGCCAAUUGUUUGAAUCAAUGAAAUUGUCAUUUGGAUUGGUCCCAAUAGUCGAGCACUAUUCUUGCAUGGUUGAUCUUUGUGCGCGUGCAGGACUUCUGAACGAAGCUUGGGACUUAAUCAAGAAGAUGCCUGGAAAACCAGAUGAAAUUGUGUUGGGGUCAUUGCUUGGUGCCUGUCAGAGGCGUAGAAAUGCAGAUGUUGGUGAAAGGGUCAUUCAAUUGUUUCCAGAGAAGCAAUUAUCUCAUCUAAGAUAUAUGCAAAUAUGA